ACACAACCAAACCAGUUCAAGAAAGCCUCCUCAAGUUGGGAGAAAAGCAGAAACCAUAAGCAUAUGAUGGACUCAAAGCUUCACAUAGCCAUGUUUCCAUGGCUUGCGUUUGGGCACUUCAUCCCUUUCCUCCAACUAGCCAACGAUCUUGCAAAAAGAGGCCACAGGAUCUCACUUUUACUCCCAACAAAUGCUCUGCUUAAACUCAAACAUAUGAAUCUCCACCCACAACUCAUAACCUUCUGUUCUCUUAAUCUCCCUCCCGGCGUAGAGACCACAGCUGAUACAAACAAUAAUCUUGACGGUUCACUAGAAGUAGCCUUUGAUGGAUUGCGGGAUGAGGUGAAAACGAUUCUUGUUCAGAUGGAAAAGCCCAAUCUUGUGUUCUAUGACUUGGCUUAUUGGAUCCCGGAAUUAGUAUUGGAGAUGGGAUGCAAAACUGUGCGGUUCACAGUUGUUAGUCCUACCAUAUCGGCACUGUCCCUAGCGAUGUGGGCAAUCAAAGGCAAAGGCAGGGCCGUAACGGCCGCUGAUUUAAUGGAGGGUUUCCCUUGUGAUUCCAAGGUUGUGUUGCGAGAACAUGAAGCAUAUCAAGUGUCGCGUUUCGCUAACGCACCCAGCAACAGGAUAAAGGUGUUUGAUCGUGUUGGAGAGGCGCUGAAACGCUGCGAUGCCAUAGCCAUGAGAGCCUGCAAUGAAAUGGAAGGACACUACUGCAACUAUAUAGGUACUAAGUUAGGUAAACGGGUCUAUUGCACGGGACCGCUGUUGCCGGAGCAGCCAAGGGAGGAGGAGCCGCUCGACGACGAAAUUGCGAGGUGGCUGGAGAACUUCGAGCCAAAUUCAGUAAUUUUCUGUGUGUUUGGAAGUGAAGUGACGCUUGCAAAGGAGCAAUUUCAGGAACUCGUUUUAGGGCUUGAACUCACCGGCCUACCGUUUCUGGUCGCCAUCAGGCCGCCGGAGGGAUCGUGUUCUAUAGAAGAAGCCUUGCCGGAGGGAUUUCAAGAGAGAGUAAAAGGAAAGGCAAUAGUUCGUGGAGGUUGGGUGCAGCAAUCUAUGAUUUUGAGGCACAAAGCAGUCGGGUAUUUCGUGAACCACGGCGGAUCUGCAUCAAUGUGGGAGUCGUUGGCCAGCCAUUGCCGAAUAAUUCUGGCACCUGCAAACAGAUUCGACUUCGCUUUGAACGCUCGUCUCAUGGCGGAGGAACUCGAGGCCGCUGUUGAGGUUCAAACGGAUGAAAAUGGCAGAUUUUUCAAGGAAAAUCUGUGCAAUGCUAUCAAAUCUGUGAUGGGGGAAAGUAGACAGAAGGAGAAUCAUAAGAAAUGGAGGGAUUUACUACUCAAUCAUGACUUCGCAGACAAUUAUAUCCAAAAUUUCAUUCACAAUCUAUUCACUGAGCAGCAAUUUCUUAAAGGGCUUAAGCUUUUAUGGGAUCAUGGAAUCAAGAAGGUGGUCAUUGAGUGUGAUGCGAAGAGGGUGGUGGACUGGAUUUCAGCCGACAUUGGGAGUGAUAUUCCUAACGGGAAUGUGGCCAACAUUAUCAAUGAAUGCAAAUGUUAGAUACACGGGGUGUUGGAGGAUGAAGCCAUUAGGAGAAAAAUAUCCAAAAGGAUAGUAGUGUCAUUUACUAUAUCUCCAUCUUCUUCCCCUGUAUAUAUACACUCACACUGUUAUGCAUUUUCUGAUUUCCAUUUUGUAAGUCCUUCUACUGCAAUCAAUACAAUUUCUUUGUCCCUUCA